AUUUAGUCUUUGUAGUGGCAAUUAAAACCGCCAACAACCUUCCCCUCCAAAAAUGUAAACCCUAACUACUUUGCACUACUAUUUAUUCAUCAUCCUCAUCCCUUUUUUAACACUUCAUAACUUGUAGUGAGACACACAAAAAACAUAAAAAAAAUGGCUGCAAAUUAUAGUUUUUGGUUAUUAUUAAUUACUCAAUUUCUGGUACUAGCAAUUACAACUCAAGCCAAAAUUCCAGCUAUGAUCGUUUUUGGAGACUCCACUGUUGAUGCCGGAAAUAAUGACUAUAUUCCGACGGUGGCUCGGAGCAAUUUCGAGCCGUAUGGGCGGGAUUUUCAGGGCGGCCGGCCAACCGGAAGGUUUUCGAAUGGUAGGAUUACUACUGAUUUCAUAUCGGAAAUGAUGGGGUUGAAGCCAACUAUUCCGGCUUACUUGGAUCCUUCUUAUAACAUUUCAGAUUUUAGUGUUGGUGUCACAUUUGCUUCUGCUGCUACUGGCUAUGAUAAUGCCACUUCUGAUGUCCUUUCAGUGAUACCAUUUGGGCAACAAUUGGAGUAUUACAAAACAUAUCAAAAGAGACUAAAAGAGUAUUUAGGAGAAGCAAAUGGUAGUGAAACUAUAUCGGAGGCAUUGCACCUAAUAAGCGUCGGAACAAACGAUUUCCUAGAAAAUUACUAUGCAAUUCCUGGCGGCCGGUCUGAAAAAUAUAGCAUUACACAAUAUCAAGAUUUUCUAGCCGGAAUUGCUGAGCAUUUUGUGCGAAAUCUGUACGCUUUAGGUGCUCGGAAAAUAUCGCUUGGCGGGGUGCCUCCGAUGGGUUGUAUGCCGUUAGAGAGAAAUUUUUUGGGCGGAAAUGGAUGUGUAGAAAGAUUGAACAAUGUUGCUUCGGAGUUCAAUGGAAAAUUACAUGGUUUGGUGGUGAAGCUCAAUAAGGAACUUGCUGGGAUCAAAUUGGUGUUUUCAAAUCCCUACAAUAUUCUCUUGCAUAUCAUCAAAAAUCCCGCGUCAUACGGAUUUGAAGUGACAGGAGUGGCAUGUUGUGCAACAGGAAUGUUUGAGAUGGGGUAUGCUUGUGCUAGAAGUAACCCAUUUACAUGCACCAAUGCUGAUAAGUUUGUGUUUUGGGAUUCAUUUCAUCCUACUCAGAAAACUAAUCAGAUUAUUGCUAAUUAUGUUGUCUCUCGUGUGCUUUCUACGCUUAAUUAAUUAGUUAAUUAUGUAUGAUUAAGCAAUUAAACACCUCUUUAAGUAGUAUUUUAUAGUCUUUUUAAGGUUGUCUUUCUAUUACUUCUGCUGCAGCUAUAAACAGACAUAUAGUAUAAUUUAUCAUUUUGUUUUGUGGUUUGUAUUUUUUUCCUAGUUUGAUCAGGUUUGUAUUAUUAUUCCCUAUAAUUUAAAGAAUUUUGUAUUAAA